AUGUCUCAACCCAUUCGUCUCACUAAGAUCGCCGAGACAAAGUCACAAAAAGGCCGCGCAACCUUCGCUUCGACCACCAUACCCGCCGGCAGCCUCAUCUUCUCCGAGGAGCCCAUCCUCACCAUGGAUGCCACCUCAGAAACCCCCCACAUCGACCUCCUUGCCUCCUUCGCCGACCUCCCCCAAGACCUCCAAGACCUCAUGCUCGACCUCACCGCCGUCGACCCCACCCCCUUCCGCCACCUCAUCUGGAAAGAAUUCGACGUCCGCACCAACGGCGGCUGGUGGGACAUCGCCCAGAAAUACGGCGAACACACCAAGCGCGUCCUCACUGCCUUCAACACCAACGCCGUUGCGCAGCACCUCGGUGUUCAGACCGCGAUGCUGAAUCAUUCCUGUCUGCCGAACGCGUAUGCGGCUUUCGACGAGGCGAGGGGAGAGUUGACUGUGCACGCGAUGAAGGAGAUCAACGAGGGAGAGGAGAUUUGCCUUUCGCACCUUGAGGGCGGGGCACUCUUCGCGCCGAUGAAAGAGCGCAGGGGGGUGCUUGUACUUCAGCGGGGGUUCAUGUGCUUGUGUGAUGCGUGCAUGGAGGUUGAGGAGUGUGAGGGUAGAGAGCAGGAGUGUCUCCGGGAGAAAUUGCGGGAUGAUCUGCGUAACUUGAUUGACAAGUAUCAGCGCAACGAGGCUACGUUGAUGAUGAACUUCGGGAAGCGCGGUCACGGCGGGCUCGACCCCGACUUUGUGACUUUUUUGGGGGAGGUUGCUGCGGGUGUUGUGGAGUUGAUGGAGAAGUUGGGGCUUGCGACAAUUGAUAACUUGGAGUGGUAUCAAUAUGUCUUCCACUGGAGCCGGGCGGUUAACGAUGACGAGAUGGCUAGGGAGUAUCAAGACAAGAUGCUGAGAGUCGUCUGCAUGUGUGCAGGAGAAGAUUCCCAGAGGUACCACGAUAUGCAGCAGGAUGCGAGCGGCGCGAAGUCGGCUGCUUGGAACAAGAUUGCUGAAGUGCGUCCGGAACACUCUCGUGGUGGUCGACACAGCAUCAUGAAGACCGCGAAGCUGGGCCUUGCGGAAGAGGACGAGGUGGAAUAA